GUUUUGUUUCAACUAUCGUUAUAGGUGCAUCAUCGUGUUUAUUAUUUACUAUUCGAAAGAUAAGUGCACAGUCUACGCGAUAGAUUUUGUUUAAUUUAUAUUUGUGAUAGGUCAGGGCGAAACACGAUUAAAAGAAAUACAUUUAGAGGCAAAAUGGGCAAAAAAAUGGUAGACAACAGCUUAAAUGCGUAUUGGAGUGCCACGAAAAUCAGAAGAAGCAGUCAAAUACUGUUGGAACACAUAAAGGGUCAAUCUCCGGAAAUUCAAUCCGACGACGACGAAUACGAUGUAGUGCCUGUUCAUAACUAUCCGAAGCUUAUUUUACAAACUGCAGAUUUAAUUAAUGCCCAAUGGCCUCGUUCUCAGAUGGCAAGAGUUGUUACGUUACAAUCUAGCUGUGACAAUCUUCCGUGCAAUUUGAUUGUAACAAAAAUGAAACACAAAGUCGUUGUAGGUCAUUUAAAAAUUACGCCAAUUCCUUCCGAUCGCAAAUCCUGUUUUAUUGAGUCAGUAGUUGUAGCAAAAUGUUACAGAGGACAAGGCAUCGGAUCACUUUUAAUGGAGCGUGCAGAAAGUUAUUGUCGCGACAAAGGAAUUGAAACAAUUUAUCUGUCGACAUACGAUCAACAGAGAUUCUAUUCAAGGUUGGGAUACGACAUCUGCGAACCCAUCAAUAUCUUCGGCAAUCGGAGUUUCGUGCGGAAUUCGACAACAAAGAAAACGUACAUGAAGAAAUUGUUAACGUAGCACCAAAUUGUCAAACAACAACCUGUGUACCUAAAAUUAAUUUAUUUUUUCUUAGCGUUUAAGAUUGUGACUUUUAUUUUUAAUUGCAAAAUAAUUUAUUUUUUAUAAAAUGUACCGCACACUUGAAGAAAUUAAAUUUGUGCCUU